GCUACAAACGUCACCCUCAUGGAGGGCUUGGACAGCCUCAACGUCACAUUAAAUACCACAGCAUCUACCUCUCCCACAACAAUACUGGAUACCUUGAAAGAUGUCAGCUUCCUCCUACUUGAGUUGAAGCUCGUGAGCGGUGCCAUGGGAAUUAUAUAUCUCGGAGCCCAUGCAUCCCUACGUCGUCCACCAUCGGCGGCUGUCUCAAAGGACAAGAAACGCCGGAAGGAGGACGAUGAGACGUUCACCCAGGGCCUGGAGCUCUCUGACGCCAUCCUAUUUCCCAUCAUGGCUGCCUGUGUCCUUGUCGGCCUUUACUAUCUCAUCCAGUGGCUCCAGGACCCGGCAAUCAUCAACAAGAUUCUUCGCUCCUACAUGACGACCAUGUCGAUGGCGAGUUUGCUGACGUUUUAUGCACACGGGAUCCAAGUGCUGACGUCCUUUGUGUUCCCUCGUUUCUGGCGUGGGAGGGACGGGAAGCUUCGCAGAGUCGAUCAGGCCAAGAGGGUGGUUGCGGUUUGCGAUGAUGUAGGCAACGAAAUCGAGAGCCUCGGCACUGGCGAGACGAACCCGCUUCCCGGCUCCUUGGGAUUUCUUACGCCGGUGGCGUGGCUGCAGAACAAGGCCUGGAACCUGAGGGAUCUCCUGACGAGGCACUGGCUGCUGGAAAUGUUUGUGCAUGGAAUGGGCAAGGAGACGGCGCACGUCAAGUUUGCGCACAUGCUGGCGCUGCUGAUGGCUGUGGUGACGGCGAUUGUCUACUUUGCGACCUCGUGGCCGUUCCUGUCCAAUAUGCUGGGUUAUGGCAUGUGCUACGGGUCGUUUUUGAUUCUCUCUCCUACUGAUUUCCUCACGGGGUCGCUGGUGCUGUGGGGUCUCUUCUUCUAUGACAUUUUUAUGGUGUUUUACACGCCUUAUAUGGUGACGGUGGCUACGACUCUUGAUGUACCAAUCAAGCUCACAUAUGAAGCCGCCUCCAGGAAGAGCAUCCUCGGACUGGGAGAUAUUGUCAUCCCAGGAAUGGUCAUUGGCUGGGCACUUCGGCUUGAUCUCUGGAUCCACUACUACAGGAAGAUCAAAUACGAAUCUACCGACUUGAAGAUAAUCGAGAAGGACUCUAGCUCUGGGGAAAUUACCACGCGAAGCGAGACCAAGCACAGGGAGGUUAAGACCUCCUAUGUCGACGUCAAAGGAAACUGGGGAGAGCGCAUCUGGACUCGUCAAGCCUUGGGCCUUGUUAGCUCACAAAACCUCCCCCCCGAGGUUGCCGCGUCAAGGUUCCCCAAGACGUACUUUACCGCCGCCAUGGUGGGAUACUUUUUGGGCAUGUUAGUUACGUUGGCCAUGCUGCUCAUCUUUAAGCAUGGACAGCCGGCGUUGCUGUAUCUCGUGCCGGGCGUGCUUGGAUCUUUGCUGUUGACUAGCUUGGUGCAUGGGGAGUUUAAGGAGCUGUGGAUGUACACGGAAGAUGGAAGCUUAGACACGGUAGACGUGGUGGUUGACCUAGACGGGAAUGGCAAGGCUGUCAAGACGAUUGGCAAGUUGGAGGACGGCGUGGUAGACAUGACCAAAGAUGAGAAGAAGAAGGAUGACGAGAAGAAAGAUGAUGAUAAGGAGAAAGAAAAGAGCAAAGACAAAAGUGCGGAAGAGGGACGAACGGGAAGGAAAGGGCACAAGGUAUUUUCCUUUUCACUAGAAGCGCCGUCUGAG